GACCGAUAUUCCAUCCUCGCCAUUUUGCAAUGUGGAAGAGUGAGAGAGGCCACUUUUUAUGGCUAACGCAUAAAACUAGGCGGUUUUAAUGUGUUGAGGACAAAGAGCGUCGAGCCAUUUUGUGACAGUCAUGGAGGAGAUCAGCAAUGUGGCUGUACUGAUCACAAAUACCUCCAACGCCUCCUCUUCUUCCUUCACUCCAUCAGCACUGGGAUCACACUCUGAAACCCAAAUCAGGCAACCUACAGGGGAUGACACCUCCCAGAGUUUUCGGACGAGGCAAGCGGACGAUUCUCUUAUCCAGGUCAUUGAAAAGCUGAGCAAAAUUGUAGAAAAACGUCCACAGCGUCGCUGCACCUUGGGAGGACAGAAAAGAGGACUCCAACUGGCCUCUUCUUCUGCAGGGGGAGAAGGAGAUGAAGAGGUGUCAAAGAGCAGCAGUGGAGGUUUCCCCUUUAAGAAAAUUAAGAGUAACUGGAAGGAGGAUUUUAGUUUAGAUGGAAACCCAGCUGAGCGCACUCUUUCCUCGCCGGUGGCGGGUGAUAGUAACAAUAACAACAUCACCACCAUAAAAGAGGAGGCCUGCAACGUCAACAGCAGCGACCACAAGCGGACAGUGACUUGUUACCAGUGCAGCCUGUGCCCCUAUCUCUCCCAAACACUGCCCCUGCUGAAGGAACACCUGAAGCAGCACAAUGAGCAGCACAGUGACCUCAUCCUCAUGUGCUCCGAGUGUCACUUUACUUCCAGAGACCAAGGGCAGUUGGAGGCGCAUGUCAGAUUGCACUUUGACAAUGGAGGCAAUCUGAAGAGGAAUUCCUCUCAUUUGGACAGAUGCAGUGAGGAGAAGGGAGAGGUUUUAAGGAAGCAGGAUGGGGAUUGGUCAGAGGAUCACUGUAAUUUAGGAAAGGAGGUGAUCAAAAGCUCAUUGGACAGUUCCAAGCAGCUGCCACAGAAGAAGUGGUAUAGCUAUGAGGAGUAUGGUUUGUAUCGUUGCCUGAUCUGCAGCUAUGUGUGCAGUCAGCAGCGAAUGCUCAAGACCCAUGCGUGGAAGCAUGCUGGCCUAGUCGACUGCUCUUAUCCCAUCUUUGAAGAUGAAGAUGGGGCUUCUGCAAAGAGAGAGGCGCAAGCUGCUACUACCAAUCCUGCAGCUAGAGAGGAAAUUGUAGUUCUUUCCCCAGUUCUUCAAGAUAAGAGUUUACAGAAGCUCCCCACUUCAUUCAAGCUCCAGCUCUGCAUGCCUGUGCCUGCUGAGGACAAACGGGAUGUCUUGGAUCUUCCAGUUCCAGAUCUCAAUAUAAGUCCAAGAAUAAAAGAGGAAGAAGAGGUAAAUGUGUACCCUGUCAAAGACGUGGCCUCUGAGGAGCACAUGGUUGAGGUGCAGGUGACAACUGAGGCAGAAACUGAGGUGGAGUUAGAUGGUCACCAUGAUGGCAGCUCUGUGACUGACAGUUUACUGUCAUCAGCUCAAAAAAUCAUCAAUAGCAGUCCCAACAGCGCAGGCCACAUCAAUGUGAUUGUAGAACGCCUUCCUUCAGCUGAGGAUACGGUCAUGGCAACUAACCCUCUACUUCUUAGUCCAGAUGUGGACAGGGACAAGAGUUUAGUGGAUGCAAAGAAGGAAGAGUUCGACCAUGUAAGAUGUGUGAAGGGUGAUGAAGUCCUUGACUGCAGUCUGAGUAACACCACUGACAGUCAGCCAUUAGAAACCGAGAGUAAAUCCUCUGUCGUCAAAAGUACCGACUCUUCAAGGGAUGAAAACAUUCCCCCAGCUGGUCGCAAGAGGACACAUUCUGAAUCUCUCCGCCUGCACUCACUAGCUGCUGAGGCCCUUGUGGCGAUGCCUAUGAGGACACCUGAGCUGUCCACCUGCAGCACCAAGGUAAGUCAGAAGACCAUAACGGCACACGCUCAGACACCACCCCUGGGCCAGAAACUUUUUGAGGUGGCUACAGCUGGACCGAAGAUUUCUGAUGCAGCUGCUCUCUUGGACUUGGAGCUUCACAGCGAGGACAAGGAGGAAGAUUUGGCGCCCCUGGGCCUUGGAGAGGGAGACGAGGAGAGCCCUGCCACUAAAGCCGGCAUCAGCCUCUCCCUGCUCACAGUCAUCGAGCGACUCAGAGAGCGUUCAGACCAGAAUGCUUCUGAUGAAGACAUCUUGAAAGAACUUCAAGAUAACGCACAGUUCCAGCAUGGAGCUGUACCUGGAGUGGUCACGGGCAACGGAGCAGGGGGCUACAUGUGUAGCAUUCCAGGAAUGGACGAGUUGGUUGGCCCUCCUGAUGGUGGUCUAGUUGAUUACAUCCCUGGCAACGAACGCCCGUACCGGUGCCGUUUGUGUCGCUACAGCAGCGGCAAUAAGGGCUAUAUUAAGCAGCACCUGAGAGUGCACCGACAGAGGCAGCCUUAUCAGUGUCCCAUCUGCGAGCACAUCGCCUCAGACAGUAAGGACCUGGAAAACCACAUGAUCCACCACUGCAAGACCAGGAUGUACCAGUGUAAACAGUGUCCAGAUACCUUCUCGUACAAGAGCCAGUUAAGGAAUCACGAGAGAGAGCAUCACAGCUUCAGUAGUGACAUGGCAGCACUCACACCAGUCACUGAAACCGUGGCCACGAUUGAAGAAUCUGAGCGGGUAACAGAUCAAGAAUGGAGCAUGCAGAAAAUGUACAAGUGUGACGUUUGCAACUACACCAGCUCUACAUACGUUGGGGUGAGGAACCACCGGCGGAUUCAUAACUCUGACAAGCCUUAUCGUUGUUGUAGCUGUGAUUUUGCCACCACGAACAUGAACAGCUUAAAGAGCCACAUGAGGAGGCACCCCCAGGAGCACCAGGCUGUGCGGCUGCUUGAGCAGUACAGGUGCUCUCUGUGUGGCUAUGUGUGCAGUCAUCCCCCAUCACUCAAAUCCCACAUGUGGAAGCACGCCGGAGACCAGAACUACAACUAUGAGCAAGUUAACAAAGCCAUUAACGAGGCCAUUUCCCAGAGCAGCCGAGCUCCUCAGAAGUCGUCUGCGGUGGUGGAGUCUGAGCCUCCGGUAGAGCAUCCAGUGGUGGCCCCGCAGUCAAAAGAGAAGCCUGGGGUCUCAGUGGAACCUGCAUCAGCAACAAAAGCUGGGUUAUCUGUUGACGGCUCAGCCUGUCUCCCCACACCUGCCACAGACCCUUCACAGAGGCCAAAUGAAUCCUUAAGCCCCCAGGGGAAGGACCCUGCACAGCUCCAGUCUCAAACCCAGAGCCAUUUGCGCACAGGCCACUUCCCUGCCCCGGGCCCCGGAAUGGAAUAUUGUGUGCUCUUGUUCUGUUGCUGUAUCUGUGGCUUUGAGUCUACCAGUAAAGAGCGACUGAUGGAGCACAUGAAGGAGCACGAAGGAGACAUCAUCAGCAUCAUCCUCAACAAAGAGCAGCAGCCACCAGAACCACAGCCAAGCCUCCAAACAGCAGAGUGAGACCUGUCCUUCCAUCUCUCUUCCUAUAUUAAUACUCACCCUGUGCUAUUACAAUGCUGCUCACAAAAGCAUUUCAUUAUGUUUCUUUACUUCAGGGAGCUUGAGGGGCAUAUUGAGGUUUAACCAUUUCACAUCUACUGUACCAGAGUAGAUCCGUGUCAUUUCUCACAAAGUUCUCUGUUAGACGUCAAAUUAUUACAAAUGAUGGUGCGUCCUUGGAAAGGAAUACUUUAUGAACAACUAUUGAACAACUUUAAAAGCCAUUUCAUUUCACAAUAAAAACAGACACAAAAUGCGUCUGUUGAAAGGUAUUUUGUUUCCGAGAGACAAGCCUGAGCUCUGACCCAAGUUAGAUUUUUCACUAUACAGGAACAAGUUCAUACCUCACAAACCAAGAAUCCCUCACCAGAAAUGGAAAAAGGAUUCCCUUAUUUUCCAGUCUAAUUCAUAUAAUCUUGACUAUAAGGCAGCUCUUUUAUUGCUACUGUAAUAUUUAAUGUAUUUUAUCUGACACCAUUGAGGCUUUAGCCUAGUAAAGGAGGUACACGUGCAACUCACCAAUGCCUAAAGGCAUGCAUCACAGCUUGAAUAUCAUUCAAUAUUUAUCACUUUAUUUAGUUUUACUUAUAUGUUUUUUUGCAUGUUAGUGUCCGUUAUGCCAGUUUCAAGAGGAAUAUAAUCGUUGUCAUUAUUUCCUUUUUUGUUUCUCUGAGUGACCUUAUGUGUAAUUUUACUUGUUUAAUCAUUUAUAACGUAGCUUUUUUUUUUUGAAGAUAAAGUUAUAGUUCUCAAAGGAGGAGUGGAAGUUGAAUGGAGCCAAUUACAAAUUGGCCUUUGAUUGUAGUCUUUUGGAGGAUAUGGUUUUAAAGCAUGUUGACAAAAGGAACGACAAAAAGGGAAGUUAGUGUUAGUAGAAUUGCUAUUUUAUUUGACUGGUGACUAGGUGUUUGAAAUGCAGGAAUAUGUCAUAUUGAGGAAAAACGGUUAUCAGCUCAACUCGCUUUAAGAGCUGUCUUUGAACUCAUAUUGACUUCAGAAACUAUUUUCUUUUUGCACACUUUAUUGUAUUGUAGAUUUAUUUAUAAAUAAGUGAAAUUAACAUAAACCCCUAAUUCAGGAUUUUGAAGAAACCAUGAUAGCUGGCAGUCUUUUUUUUUUUUUUUUUCUUCAGGCUUUGCACACAUGGAUUCUUGGAAGAUGAUUUCACAGUGUUUCCCACAGGAUUGUGACACUGUGGUGGAGGGACCCCUUUGCUCACCCAAAAGAAAAAUGUGUAUUAGCCAAAGACAAUAAACAAAUGGUGAAUGGAUUCUCUUUUGCUGUUUGAAACCAAAAGCACCUUCAAUCAAAGAAGCCCUGCUCUUUUGUAGUCUAAUGGGAAUUGAUAGUGCUGUGUUGACCUAUGCAUGGACCCUCCGCUGGUGGUCCACCUUCAACAAUGGCAUCUGAAACUUUAGAAGAAAUUUUGUCUGAAGUCCGCAAAAAUUGCACCCAACACGAGUCAUGCAAAUGUUUGCAUCUCCAAACCUCAUCGGCUAGCCUUAUUUAUUGAUCCAAAUCAAUUUGAAAAUGGCAGAGAUGGAGAAGCAGCCAGAAACAUGCUACUACCAAGCGGACCAAUCAAAGCUCUUGAGCUCUGCAUCGCUGCAGUGCAUGCUUUAAUGGGGAGGUGCACAUCAGCUAUGCAGCGAGGCUCUUCGCAGGAUCUGUGUAGGUGAAUUGGAACCGCUGCAUCAAUUAAUGCAGGAGCAUAAAUUGCGGCAGGUGAAAUGGGGGAAAAAGGACAAGAAAGUAACUUUGUCACAAAUCUUGAAAACCUCUCGGCUCUCGCCCUCUACUCCCUGUCCUCUGCUGUUAUUCUCAUCAUGAUGAAUAUCCAGCUGGAGAUGGAAAGAAAUGACCCAGGGAGUUUCAUUUGAGAGAUUUGUCUAGAACUCCAACAUUGUCUGGGUUCACUAUCGUGCUGAAAUGUGAACCAUCGCACUCUGGUGCGUCACUCGAAGUUACUCUCCCUUUGUUUCUGAUGAGUUGCCUUGUCCCUGGUAUUAAGAAUCAUCAUAUUGCAUCAUUCUCUAACCAGUGAUGGUGCAUCACUGUAGAGAUGGUGUAAGACAGCCGAUGAGCAGUGCCUGGUUUUACCCAGAUAAAGUGCUUGGUGUCUUGCCUUUAAAGAGUACUCCUUUUAAUUAAUAAGAAGAAUCUUUUUCUUCAUGCUCUCAUAGUCCCUUAAUGGCAGUUUGGCAAACUCAGAUUGAGAGUUGCUUUCAUCUAGCUGCUCUACCACAAGGGCUAGAUUGAUAAGUUCUGCUUAGAUGGAGUAGGUUGGACAGUUUUUCCCAUUUUGCAAAGGACUACUUAUGCUAAGAGUAACUGUCGGGUCCCUGUUCACCUCCCUCACCAAAGGCCCACUUGCAUGGUUAUUCAUUUUAGACAGACAGCUAACUUGGCAGGUUGGGUUUUGGAGGUCUCUGUGCUCCUGGGAACAUUGAACUCUUCAAAAAUGCUUUAUACACUCCUCGCUUUGUUCAGUGCCUCUCCAAUCAGUUUUCCAUAGACUCCAAUCAAGCUCUGGACACAUUGAGGAUCAAAGCAAUCAGAAUGCACCUGACCACAAUUUGUAACACAGCAGAAAAAACUCUGAAUACCUUUAUAAUGAGAAUUUCAGCCAGCAAAAUUUCCGUCAUUAUGGCUUAUUAAGUGCCAUUUACCAUUUAAAACACAACUGCAACGCAGUAAACUGUGCAAAAAGUAAAAAGGGUAGAAUACUAUCUAAAACAGCUGUAAAGAGCAUUUUUAUAGCCCAUGCCAUUUAUGUUGUAUAAUGUUUUAUAACCUUUCCACAGUGUUCUUAAAAGUGCAACUUUGUGCAGCAUGUAAUGCUGUCCCAGCUAAGACACGUACCUGAUAAGAGGAAGUGGACAUGAAAAUAAAGCUUGUACGGUGAUGUGUUUUUGAGGUUUUCUUUUGAUGUAGUGGUCCCAUGUCCUCCCACUGACAUGUGACUGGAUGGAAGUUUAGUAAAACCACACCAGACCUGAUAUGAAUCCACUCAGCACAGUGUAAUGAUGGUAAAACUUAAAUCAUCUUCACCACAAUGGAUCAUCUUGCUACGUAAAAACUAUUAUUCAUAUGGAAUGAACUGCAGCAAAUUAUCCACUGGAAAGAGAAGAAAUGCCCUUAAUAUCUCAAACGAUGCUGACAGUACAUGAAGCAAGUAACUCCUUUGUAGUCGCUGUCCAAUCAGGAGAUGGGAACCCCCUAUAUAAGACCCCGUCCCUCUGCUAUGUGCCAUCCAGAAAAGUCAAUAAGCAGUAAAUGAUGGCUGGAUGUACCCAUCCUCUGGAGUUAUCACUAGGUCAAUAUUUGUGCUUCACUAUUUGUAACCACUGGAGGUGGAUGUGAUGUACUCCUGGCUGCUCCUGAAUUGUAAUACUGACAGUGAGACCAAGAGAAGUCAAGCUGUCAGGUCACUGAGCCCCACCCACUGAGGGGUCCCGCAACUGCACCAUGAGCUUUAGGUCAAAACCUGAAAAGUAACUAGAGGCAUCAUCAGCCUGAUAGACAGGAACUCACCAGACCAUUGUUGGGCAUCGUAUCGAUGAGGUGCAGCCACACAAAGAGAGGAACUGGGUCACAGUGGAAAUUUAGAACUUGAUGAUAUGACACUUAUAGGACAACAUUCCUGUUUCUGCUACAUUGUUGCCCAAAAGCCCAAAAAAUGAACAAAAUAUUAAACAUAAAUUUAAAAUGGGAAUUAUUCUUUCAAACCUAGCCCUCGGUGACAGGGUCUCAACCCAUCUAAUGUAUCACGCCACCCUGUCAUGCAAGAUAUACAGUGUCAUGUUAAUUCAUCAGCUUGCCCUCAGUUUCUUACAUUCAUGCAGGCAAAGGAAAUUAAGAUCAAAUGGAAGAUCCAUCCCUCUCCCCCAUCUCACAGCUUGAAACGGUGUCUAUGCGUGUGCAGCACAGUGGAUAAAGCAAAAUGAAAUCUCUAUCUCAAAGACAUGCUACCUGGCCUGGGGUUCUCAUUAUCAUAGCAGACAAUUAUUGUCUGACUUUUAAUUUAUAAUUGUACGGGGCAGGAUUAAAGAUGACAUUGAUGUGCGUUUGGAAAAAAAAAUAAUAAUUCACUGGCCCUCCUGUCUGAUGACUUUAAACGCACAGUGAGAAUUAAAGACUGAAUUAUUCCGGGUUAACUGAACACUCACACUCUCCAGUGGGUGAAGUAAGAAACAGAAGUAUGGUUCACUUACUUAAAAAAUUCAAAUCGCAUCAUACACUCAAUCACUGAGCAAAUGAUUGAUUUUUGUCACAAAGGAUAUUGUUAAAAUCGUAUGGCUUAACUAAGUCUGCUGAGAUUGUGUUGAAAUCCUGCACAAAUGCCAGAGCCAACAAUGUGUCCAUCUGUCAGUAAUUACCAGCAUCCUGUUAGUGGAGCCCACCCGCUGAUUACAACUCCUGCAUUUCUAAAAUCAUGUAUGGAAUUUCACUUUCGGAAUUCCGACUAAUUAAUCGCUAUUUAAUUAAGCAACGUUUGGGUUUAGCAAAUGUUUCACAAACAAGACAAAGGUGAGCGUAUUUGCUCAGGACUAAUUCAGCUGUGCAUUAAUACACAAUGUGUUUGUUGAGUGAUGGGGCUGGCUCAAACUACACUACAUUGUGGUGCAUAAUGUAAUGACAGAGGUGUGUCUUUCUGGGUAACAGUGUGGCUCAUCCAGGAACAAAGGAAUUGAUAUAUCAGACUGUCUUAGACAUUUCAAACUAAAUAAAGAUGAAUAUUUGUAUUAACUGCUAACAAAUGAAGACAAAACAGACUGAGUAAACAACUAGAAAAGACAUUUUGGGUCAGUCCCCUGGUGCUGAACUCAUGUGGGUCAAGAGGGGCUUCGUGGACAGUGAUAUACCCCAUUUGGUGUCACAAAUUGCAAAAGUGUGUCAGGACAAGCUGCAGACACUUGAGAAGUGUCAAAGCAAGAGAGGAUUUAGCAGCAUCUUUAAUUCACGCCACUACUCCUGAACCAUUCAUCUGUGCCAUGUAGAUACUGAAAGCAAUGACCUGUUUCUGUCAAAGAAAGGAUUGUCUUUUGUUUGGGUUUUCCGUGCCUUUUUGGUUCGAAGCAUUUAUUUUUGCUGAAAUUACAUACACAUACACAAUUUGACCUCACUGCCGACACUUCAGCCUUCGAUCUAAAUGUUGCAGUAAAUCCAUCUUUUCUUCUUAUCUAGUGCUUUUAGUUGGAUGAAAACGAGCUAUGUCAUGUAAUUUUAGCUGGAGCUCAAACACUUUGUUUUUUUGUUUUGUUGUUGUUUUUUUAAGUGUGUACAUAUGAAAGAUCAUCAAAACUGGCCUUCUUUUAAAGAUAAAGUAUAUAUAUUUUUAAUGAACUUGUUUAAAAAAAUAUAUGAAUAAAAACAAUUUUAACACAGGUUUUAGAUAACAUUUCGGGUCUGUACUUAUUUACUACCAGACUAUUUAAGGGAAUUUAUGGUUUGAAGCAACAGCAGCAGCAGCAGCAGCAACAUUUGCUCUGUGCAUUUAAACCAAAGUAGGUGAAGGAGACAUCCAAGCAAUGUAUAUUAGUGUACUUUUGGCUCAGAUUCAAUUUUGUAAAGGAGCUUCACCUUGGAAUUGUGUCAGAACGUAGUGUGAUGCUUACUUUGUGUUUAUUCUUACAACAUUAUAGGCAGUAUCAUGUCACUAUGUAUUUUUGGUAAUAAAAGAAAUCGAUAAGA